CUGGUCCUCUGGGGCCUGGAGUGAAGCAGUCUGCUUUGAUAGGACCCGGAACGAUGAGUCUUAUCUGAUAGGGCUUAUACUCUCGAGAAGCAGAACAAUAGACUGAUUUGGUGGGGACCCAUACCUAGUCUUUCGCUGGACCCGGAUUAAGGAAGUCAGUACUGCGAAAGGAGUCUGAAUCAGCAACUAUGGAAUGCGGCUUCUCGCUUUCACAGGGCUUUUCUCGCUCUUCUCUCGGAGUACGAGAAGUCUGUGCGUAGCGGGGGUCUUCUCUCUUUCCUGUGCUAUCAAUAAGCAGGUCCUCUCUACGAUUUCGGGCUCUUCAGAGGGUCUUUCAUUCCACUAAGGCAGAAAGCAUGUCACUAAGUAGAGUUGGUCACGUAUAGAGAAUCAUAAGGCGGCAUUUCGUAAGGAAGAGAGAACUGCCCUAGCUAGUCCGUAUCUUAUAAGUUUAUAGAUUCUUGCUGGAGUGAGUGAACGAGAGCUCAAGCAAUCCAAGCGAAGAAGAAAGAUCAGAAAUGAAAGUCAGAGUGAAAACAAAAACAAAAGAUUUUGAAAUACUGCAAAAUACAACCCAUCAGCAGUAUUUUAAAGAAAGAAAAUAGAGAGUGAAAAGAAAGACUCAACGAUAGAGAGUUCAUGCGUGGCCCUAAAAACCCAUCAGCAGUAUUUUCUUGAGUUUUUUCGUUGCAAACGAAAGACAAAAAAUGAAACUAAAACAAAAAAACAAAGAUGGAGGGAAUAGAAAGAGGUACACAACAGUACCAUCUUUAGGGAAAUAUACAACCAAAAUACCAUCUUUAGGGUAUCAAGGAUAGAGCUCGACUGUAAAGGCCAAAGAAUACACAUCAGUAUUAAUCUAAAUGGCCGUUGAGCCAACAAAUACUGCUGAUGGUUUUUUGGGUGUUGCUGUGGGAAUAAAAGAGGUCUUCUUUUCUUUCCCUGGCGAGACGAACAUUCAAUUGGAAAAGGUUCCCCCAGGAAAAGAGAAAAGAAAGCUACAGAAUCUAUUGCAUAUAGUUUAGCUCGAAAUGGUCCAAGAACAGCAAAUCGGGCUCGUCACAAAAGAGUUAUAGGAAGAUGCUCCUAAUGCUGCUCCAGUUGUUGUUAAUUCUUGUAAUGUAGGAGGCUGAACCCAAAUCUACAUCCCUUCUUUAGGGGAUAAGAUAGAGGUCGUAAAUGAACCCAGGGUCACGUUUCCCUAGGACCUUUCCCUUCUUUAGGGGAAAAAGAGAAAAAGGAGCCCACAAUGCUGAUGAAGAGAGCUGGCGAGAAAUGCACACUCAGUUAGAUUGACCCACUCAUAUUGAAACCAUCCGGCCCUUCUUGCCCAUAUGAACCCACAUCUUAAGAUCAAAAAGAAUUCAUAUUCUUAAGAUCAAAAAGAAUUCAUAUAUCAAUAUCAGGGUGAGGGUUAUGGAAGACAAAGGAAUAUCGCGGAAAUCAGGUGCGAGUUUUCGGUGGUACUAGUCAUUGAUCAUCAUCAUGGGUUCAAUUCCCAAAUCCCUAAAUUAACUAAUAGGUGGUACUAGUCAUUGAUCAUCAUCAUGGGUUCAAUUCCCAAAUCCCUAAAUUAACUAAUAUCAUGUCUCCGCCCCUACCGGCCUCUCAAUCGUCGCUCGUGCCAUCAUUCACGUAAUACUGAAUUUGCUGAGGUGCUAGUGUGGACGGGAUCUCAAUAUCCUUGAGGUCCGAGUGAGCCUAAAAACCCAUCAGCAGUAGAACAAAUUUCCGUUUGCUCGAAAUGAAAAAGACAAAAUAGAACUUCGUUUCACCCUUAAAAGGGGUAUCAAUAUCUUUUUCUGACCCCUCAAAAGGUUGGGAUCAAUUUCUGACCCGGGUUUCUUUCUGAAACCUAAGUCGCCUUUCUUAUGCCUAAAAACGGGCGCUUUAAGAAUACCCUGUUUAAGAGUUUACUCUCAAAUUGCAAAAUUCAAAUGACAGUCCGAUGGCUCUUCUCUACUAACCACAAGGAUAUCGGUACUCUCUAUUUAAUCUUCGGUGCCAUUGCUGGAGUGAUGGGCACAUGCUUCUCAGUACUGAUUCGUAUGGAAUUAGCCCGACCCGGCGAUCAAAUUCUUGGUGGGAAUCAUCAACUUUAUAAUGUGUUUUUAACGGCUCACGCUUUUUUAAUGAUCUUUUUUAUGGUUAUGCCGGCGAUGAUAGGUGGAUUUGGUAAUUGGUUUGUUCCAAUUCUGAUAGGUGCACCUGACAUGGCAUUUCCACGAUUAAAUAAUAUCUCAUUCUGGUUGUUGCCACCAAGUCUCUUGCUCCUAUUAAGCUCAGCCCUAGUAGAAGUGGGUACCGGCACUGGGUGGACGGUCUAUCCGCCCUUAAGUGGUAUUACCAGCCAUUCUGGAGGAGCAGUUGAUUUAGCAAUUUUCAGUCUUCAUCUAUCAGGUCUUUCAUCAAUUUUAGGUUCUAUCAAUUUAAUAACAACUAUCUUCAACAUGCGUGGACCUGGAAUGACUAUGCAUAGAUUAGCCCUUUUUGUGUGGUC